CGAGCUUCGCGCCAAUAUCGCCGGUCACACGCUUAAACGCUCGGAGUCUACGCUCGGUGGGGCCCUGUUACGCGCGUCGUACGCCGGUCGCUGUCUCGUUAAUAUUUUCGUAUUAAAAACUGGGUGUUUAUUUUUCAUUAUUUAUUUUUUUUUCUGAUCUACGAAUAAUACUGUUUUUUUUUUUUGCCGAAAAACAACUGAUUUUAAUAAAAAAAAAAAAGUACUGAAUUCGCCGUCGCGCGUUCGACUACAUAUUUACAACAGUAUAUAAUAUUAUAUUAAUAUCGUGAUGAUAUUGCGGUACGGAUGUGCAGUGUAAACUCGCUAAUAUCGAUACAAUCCAUAAUAUUAUGAUUUCGCCGGCGCGAAAAUAAUACAGUACCGUGUAAAUCGGACCGGGCACACGAGAAAAGAAGAAAUGACGUAAGUUUUUCUAUAAGUUUUUAUUAUGAUAACACAAUAUAACGCCUACCUGUGUUUAUAACAUUCGAUGGUCGAUAAUAAUUAAAACAUCGUCUUUUUAUUUUUUUUUUACGUACAUUAUACAUAUUCGUCGAGAAAGUUAUGCUUAAACGAAUUGAUAAAAAAAAAAAAAAUAACUAUUAUUCGUAUAGUGUACGUUUUGAAAAGAAGGCCGAAUUAAGGCUAAAUUGUAUAUUAUUAUAUUAUAUACCUACUCACACGGUUGCAUACCGAUUAUGGUAGUCCAAGGACGCGUGUGUUUUGCGCGAUAUGGAACGCCGCGGUACUCGCCGUCCGCCGUCGUACGAGCAUCAUUAGUCUACGUAUACGAUACCGGCUACUUAAUAUAGAUACUUAUACAUUAGAGAGCGGAUUUUUAGAUUUUCGGGUGAUAAUAUUAUGCUUAUCGCAGGGUUGAACUAUCUCAUAAAAACGCACCUGGAAAUAUCAAUUAUGAAACCGGUCCCAAAAAACCUAUCGUCAAUACUUUCCCUUGAAAGCGUCCUCUGCACUGAUCACUGAAACGAUUCGUUUCAGCCAACCUGCAAUAGCCUACUAAAAAUCUAGACGGCUUACAACCAGCCCCUCGAUCACUGUUUACAUUUUACAGCUUAACAGAUUUACUAAAUCUCACAUGAAGGGUAGGUACAGAGAAAAAAUCAGAAAAGUCACUAUUUUCCAAAAUGGCGAGAUCGGUAUCAUCCAAUUUGUAUUGACAUACCGUAUUUUUUAUGCGAUCGAACCAGCGAAAAACCCAGACUAGUCGAAAGUAAUGAGCGCUAAAAGUUUGAGCCUACAGGAAAAGGAAAACAGAUGAGUCAACUGAUACUGGCAAAGAAUGAGACAAUUGUUGGAUUGAUAUACGGCUUUUUAAAGCCAAAACAUUUAACUUAAUCCGAACUUUUUACUUUGUAAAAAAAAGUGUUAAAUACGCUUUGAAAUUAAAAACAUGUUUUUAUCAGAUUGAAAAAAAGAAACAUUUCUGGUUUUUCCUUGUACCCUUUUUAUUAUUUUAAAUUAACACGAUUAGUCACUUAUUCCGAUUGUACCUUUACCCCUCCUGAUCUUAUCAGAGUUGCCCAACUUAUUUUUAUCGCGGCAUACCGAGUGAUUUCCCAGUGUUCCGGUGGUCUUGAUUAACCCUGAUUUAUUUAAUUUAUGGAACUCUACAGAGACCGACAAAUGUGCGCUAAUCGUCAAUAAUGAGUUCAUAGGAAAAAUAAUAUUGUUCGAGCAUAUAUUGUCGAAGAUUAUCAAAAGACGAAAAUAUAUUCUGAUCUAUAUUAUUGUGGACGAAAAAUAAUGCAUCAAAACGGAAACCGGAAGGUUUUUACCGCCGAGCAUAAUGGAUAAGUAAAAAAAAAAAGAUGAAUUAGGUAAACACUUUAUUUCAGUAUAAACACGUGUGGUGUUUAGGAAUACAUAAAAUGAUCGAUAGAACUUGUACGUAUUAACCUGUUGUGCAUUUAAUUAAAUAAUUAUAAGAAUGCGUAUUUUGAGAGAUAUAGAUUAGUUUUGGAUUCAAGCACAUUUUCAGCAUAUUUUACUAAUUUUUAAUGAAAUAUUAAAGAAUAAUUUUUUUUUUUUAGAACAUAUAUAUUAUAUUAGCAUCAUAUUAAAAAUGUUUAAAAACCUAAAAGUCCGCUCUGCUUGCUUAAUACCAUAAUAUUGCAAUCGGACUGUUUCGUUUUUAAAUUGUCGCAAUCGUUUAAAUGAAGAAAUGUUCGAUCAGUAUAAUACAGUAAACAGUUGUAUAUUUUGUAAUACACCGAUGACGACGGCAGCAUGUGAUACGUCUGCAGCUUCCGCGCUGUCGAGAAUAUAUGUACGAGUCGUUUCUCGAUUGACCGUUUACAUAAUACAAAACAACAGUUUUUUAUUUUUGCCUCCGGCAUUCUAUGGAAUAUCAUUUAGAUGUUGCCCGAGGGUUCGGUGCAUGCUUUCACGUUAUUUAACUUAACUAUACCAUACAUUUCAUAUAAAAUAUUAUAAUAAUAUACACCCUCUGAAUGACCGGUUGUUGUCGUAAUUUUUUUUUUUUUUUUCGUAAUAUCGUUAAUAUAAAAAAUAUAGGUACCUAACUACACGUAUGCACCCAACUGUGCGGAUCGCACACGCCAGAAUGACAACGAAUGCUCGUGUCCUCCGAAACGACAUAUAUUAUAUUGUUUCAAACGUAAAUACCGCACAAUAUUGUUAACGGUGAUUAGUUUUAAGCGUUUUUUUGUUUUUAUGUUUCUUAAACUACUUCGAUAAUUUUAAAACGUCACAUUGUAUUGAAUUAUGCAACAUUUAAAUUAAUUUAUAUAUUAUAAUGUUUAACGUAUAAAUGAACGUAUAGGUUAUAAUCAUAACUUAUAACCGUGCUGCGAGUUGAAUGUUUUAAAUCAAUUCUACAUGGUCACAGCGCAUUUAUAUUAUUAUAAAUACUAUUAAAAUUGUUUUAGAGAAUUGUUGAUGAUGUAGAUACACGAUAUAAUUCAGUCGAUUUAGACCUAAAAGCUAGACAAAAUUAUAGAUAUUGUACUUGAUAGAUUAGAAUUUUGAACACGGAUUUACGAUUAUUUAGUUUCUUUUACUAGAAUAUAAUGUUGAAUAUGCAAAUUGAAUUAUUUUACUGAAAAUCGUAAAUAAAUAUUUGAUUGAUUUUUGAAUUAGUUUUAUAAAAAAAUGUUCUUAAAGUCUUUCGUCUUUUACUUACGAUAAAAGUAAUUGAAAUUAAAAAUAUAACUCCAGCGUAUUCUAUGAUGUAUUAUAAUGCAUAGGACGAUGAAAAUAAUACUUAUCGUAUGUGUUGGCUACAUAAAAUACGCAAUUUACGUUGUGCGUGUAUUAUUUAAAUCUAGAGUUUCGUUUCUAUUUUAAUGAAAUGUUUUUUUAUAAUAUUUUAUACAAAAUAAAAAAAAAUACCUACGUAUAAUAUAAUAUGAUUACGAAAAAUAAUUGUUUAAAGAAGCACGGAAAAAAAGGAGAAAAAAUCCCCUGAAUGAAAAUGUCUGACGAUAUCAUUGACAAAAAAAAAAAAAAUAAAAUAAAAUAUUAAUUUUAUUGAUUGGAAAAACGAAAACGGGUUUGGGUUUGGGAAAAAUCCGGAUUUUGGAUUUCGAAAACGGAAAAUUGUAUUUGAUUUGUAACACCUGAAAAUUAUGCCGCACGAAUCUGGGUUUCAAUCAAAACGGCUAAAUUAUUAUAAACCAACACCAAUAUAUGUACGCAAUGAUUGUUUCCGUGUAUAAACGAGUCGUCCUUAUACUCACCGAUCCUUUUACUCGAAUACCUAUAUAUAUAUAUAUACGCAUAAUGUACAAUAAGAUAUAUAUUUCGACGAGAAUAAAAAAAACUUCAUUGAACCGUGAUUUUUUUCCUCCUUUGUCUUCAUAGUCCAAUAAUUUUUUUUUUUUUGUUAUUUUUCGGUACCUACACCUACAAUACCGUCUCGUUUUCUUUGUCUACAAAAUGUGUACAGACGAUACACUGUCUAAUUGUCUGACGUGCGACACCGCGACUUUGACGAGACUACCGUACUGCCGUCCGCGUUUCCGUCGUUUACAGGCCUCCCACGGAGACCGCCGCUGCGGCCGGUUCCGGGUACCUACCCGCGCAGCGUCAACGCACGCUCCGGCGUAACAACGCGUCGGCAAGAAGCCGGCCGGACCGUUGUGCACGAACGAUAAUAAUUGUGAUUGUUUCAAACUGCGUUCGCGUUACGACGGCGGCGGGGCUCGUGCACUGCAGUGGCGAGAACGCGGCCGCGGCGUUAUCCCGGGGGGGUAUCACGUGUGCGCGCGGUAUUUGACCGGGCGAGACGCGUCGUACGGGCCACAACAAUAUUAUUAUGCCUGGUAUAAUUGUAAGCCGUUUACAAAUGAUAUUAUUACGACUAUUGCCGGAGCGCGGGUAGGGGGGAAAUAACGGCGAUGAGAAAAAAAAAAAAAAAAAUCCGCGGCCGGAGAAAUGCGCCUUCGUCGUCGGAAGUGAAUGACGUUUGUGCGAAGCCACACGCGACGAAAACGAUUAGGUUCGGUCGGGGAAAAACGUCAUCGUCGCCGCCGUCGUACCGGCGUUACCGUACAGAACGAUUGCUCCGCGGCCCGGCGGACGGGUGGGAGUGGAGGGGGGGGGAAAGCAGUAGAUGAGACGAGAGGAGGGGUCGACGAUGUACCGACGACGACGUGACGACACUCUCACGAUUGAUGUGCAGCACUCGAAACGGUCAUGAGAAAAAUAUUAAACGCGCCGCCGCCGCCGCCGGGUAAUUUGUCGCCGUCGUCAUCGUCGCCGAGACUCUCCUGCACACUCGGCCGCGGCCCUUGCGCAAUCCGAUAAAAUGGAAAAUACCAAAUUAACGAUAAUAAUCGGCGGGCACCUUAACACGGCGGAUCCACGGCCGAGUGACGACGCGAGAACUCGGCUCGACGACACGGCCGGUGGGUCGAUUCGGUUCCGUAAUGCCCAAAGUGCGUACGCCCCGCGAAAUCUGCCGAAUUCAGACUAAUUUCAAAAUUGUGUAUUACUCCUGCCUCCUGCCACGAAAAAAAUUUAAAAAUAUUUAUACACAUGAUAGUGUGUAACGAAAAACAUUAAUAAUAAUACGAUGUAUAAGUUAGUUGCGUAUGGUGGUUAUGCGGUGCCUACCUACACGCUCACUACUAAACCCCGACUUGUGGCCGUCGUCACGAAUUUGAUUUCUAAUAAUAUAAUAUCUAUAGAGAAAAAAAAUUCUAAUAUAAUAUAUUAUAUACUUACUUAGAUUUGCGGCCGUACGUUUUUGUUUAUCGCACGACAUUUAUAAGAGAAUAUGGUAUAAAAUAUUAUGGGUAGGUGCUAUACCUCGUGCGCUCGCACAUUCCAUUUCGACCGAUCACGAACGGAAAACCUAUAAUAAUAAUAAUACUUCGUACACCUAAAAUAUGGCUGUGAAUUUCGGAUUUUACAAUCAUUCGGGUUUUUGUGGAUUUAUUAUUAUUAUUUUUUUAAUCAAUCGAUUAUAAUCGAGUUAAGACUGUGAUAAGGGCGGAUAAAAGGGGAGGGCUAUGAAGCUGAAAACCACCUACCCAUUAACAUAUAGGUACUUUAAAAUUAAUAGAAGCUUAAACCACAUUUUUCAUUAAUGAAAGCUUACCGUAUUAAAAGUAAUUUUUUAACGCAUGUGAAAAGUCUAUUUUUCUAGCCCUUUUCCUCUUAUAAAAAUCCUAGAUUCACUCGUGGGCAUUUAUAGCAAAACUACUUUUUUUCAGUUUCUUAUGUUAACGUGUAAUUACGAAACAAAUUUCCAGGUGAGUAAAACUAUACCAUACGUAUGAAACAUCAAAUCGAGAAUAUAAUAACCAUUUAAAACUUUUUCAACGAGUCGUUUUUUUCGUAAUUUUUUUUAAUUCUGUGAGUUUCUCACGACUCUCAGUGUCUUUAUUGUGAAUCGCUUUUUUGGAGAAUCUCGUAUGGAUUUUAAUGGUUUUCAAUUUGUAAUUCGUAUAAUAUUGUUUUCGUCCAUUAAACGGUACUAUAAUAACCGGGCGGCCCGGAUCGAGAUGCGAACCUACACACACUGUAUUAAAUUGCCGAAUUCGUGUGCGUAUGUUUUACCGUAAAGGUACAUAUGAGGAAGGAAUGCACAGGUGAUUUUAUAUAAUAUAUUAUAUUAUAUUGGAAUAUACGUCACGCACAUUCGAUUAUCGUAACGCAAGCACGUGUCAUAUUAUUAUUAUUAUUAUUAUUAUUAUUAUUUAUUAUUAUUAUUAUUUAUUAUUAUUAUAUUGUACAACGUGUAAAUUCUAUCCGAAACGGGAAAAGUUUACAAAAUGACAUAACCAUAUACGCUAACACGUCUCUAUAGUACACCUCUCCUCUCUUAUUAGUGUAUUAUAUACCUACCUACCAUAAUGUCGGCUGGUGGUACUGUCACACAGCUCUGUAGGUAGGGUACAGGAAUCUAUCGCCGGGUCCGGUUGAUCGCUUCGUCAAGGUUGUGGUUACGUUCGUUCUUCGACACAUUAUUAUAUAGCAAGCUGCAGUAGUGUUCCGUAAUGAUUAAUUUUAGAACGUUUACAACGAUUUAUACUAUACCGAUAUAAACGACGCGUGUAUAGACGACAAACCGAGAAAAACCUAUUAAAACUCGAUAUUACCUACGUACUUCCAUUACAUUACACAAUUCGCGUACGGGUUAGUAUAUUAAUCUUAAAUUACAAGUAAGUAGCGGGUAAGUAAAGAAAGAGAAAAAAAUAAAUGUUAUGUGAACAGCGUUAUUGCAACGUUCGAUAAUAUACAAUAAAUAUACCUAUACAGAUAGUUAUUAGAUUUUGAUUCUAAAAUUUAAAAAAAAAAAAAAACCGUCUGAUUGAAUUUCCAAAGUAAUUAGUACAGGUAUCUAUGUAAUACCUAGGAAAAAAACUCUCAGAUAUAAUUUAAUUUUGACCGCAGUAAACAAUGGCCGACUGUAAAAAUAUAUAUCUCACUCUAUAUUAUUUGUUAUUAAAACGACUGGGAAAAAACUUAUCGAAAUUUUCUUUGUUUAAUUUUAAACGUGCAAACAGACUUCCUGGUCGUUGCAAUUAAACAAAUAAAACCAUCUGACUGGAAAUCCUACUGCGGUUAUUAUAUAUUAUAAUAUUAUAUUAUUGAUUUGUGAGUGAAAAUGUAAUCGCCGUGUAAUAUUGUACCUACUGUAUGAAAAGAUGUGUGCGUUAUAAAAAUGAUUGGCAAUAAAAUGUCAUUCCUGUGCAAUUUUCAGGUAUCGACGAUCGAGGAACGGGUAACAGCGGUAUAUUAUAGUGUAAUGACCCGUGGGUUUUCCAGCGAUUUGUUCGAAUUUGCAUUCGUGAAAGUCCCAAAAUGGUUUUACAUAAUAUGCAGUGUACUUCGAAAUAACGAUCCCACGACAUUGGUUUGGAGUAUAGUCGGUGUUGUUAAAAUCCAAUUCUUGGAAUUAGUUAUUUUUUUGUUGUUCAAUGAACUGGCCUUGGAAUAAUCGUUUAAAAAUUAUUAAACAAUAAAUUAGAAGUGGAAUGAUAUCCUAUUUUACUCCAUGUAAUAAUGUGAAUGCAAAAUUUUAUCAAUCAGAAUGAUAGGUUUUACCUUGUUCUCUUAGAAUAAAAUGAAAAACAAAAUCAUUUAUUUUUGAUCAAUAACAUGACUAUUAUUAUUGUUUUUUUCGUGAAACUAUGUUUGGUUAAAUCAUAUCAUCAUUUCAGUUCUACCUUUUAUUGUAGAACAUCUAUUUAUUUACUUAAAUGCUGUAUUAAAAAAAUGAUUAAUAUUUAAAAACAAAUAAUCACAAAUAAUCUCUCCAAACAACAAUUAUUACAAAAAAGAACGGUACACCUAGCGAUUUGCAGUCUAAUUAUAAUAUAUCCGAGCUAUGACGUAAUAAUAAUAUUACUUAACACCUGUGAAUUUUUCACUUUUUAUACAACUGCUGUUUUAUGGAAAUCUUAAUUGAAAUAAUUGCAGCCACGAAACAUAAUCCAUGUGAAAUUUUAAAAAUAAUUUCUAUCGCGGUAAUAUGCGUGAGGCGCGGACACAUCUUCAGCAAAAGGAGCGUAUAGCCCGAGAAGAUAUAGAGGUUAAGAGGUUUGAUCUCCCCCCUCCACUUUUUUUUUCAUCUUAACUGUCGUAGAAAUUAAAUUUAUUAUUCAACGUUAAAUCCAAUAAGGACAAAAAUUAUUUUCAAUAUAAUAUAUUAUUAUAACAGUCUCAACAGGCUUUGUUUGUACAAUCAAUGUACAUUUAGUUUUGACUGAAAAAAAAUGUCCGGAGGGUCCCAGAGAACUGCGAAAAUCCGAGAAUCUUACUACCUCUCCUAUUCCACCUUUUAUUCGCACCUCCCCCCCCCCUCCUUCAACGAUCAUUUAUACGCCUCUGUUCAGUACGGACGUGCAGGUAAACAGCGUCGCCGUCGUCAGCUAUAUCCGUGUAUCUUUUCCACGCGCAAUUUAUUAUCGAUGGGCACAUAACCGUCGAAAAUUAAGAGACGUUCCUCCGGCGGCCCGAGAAAAUUAACGUCUUCGCGUCGCGGUCGUCGCCGUCACAUUACCGAUUUUCUCUGGUCGCCGUCCGCGUAAGUGUACAGGUACGUACGCAUACAACGGACGUGAUCGACGACGACGACGACGACGACAUUGUAAAACCGCGAGCUCGCGCGCGCCCGCGAUUUGCAUCGAUUGUUACGAAAGGAAUCCUUUCUUUCGCAGGUAGGUAUAAACCGCGCGCGGAGGGCACACGGGCACAGCACAUAUUGUUAUUAUUAUUUCGUCAGUAUCGUGGUUUCUCGGCCGUCAACCGCGGUUCUGUCCGAAUAAUAUUAUGCACACCAUACAGAUAUAGGUAUUGUGGGUGUACCGUGCGAAACGGCCGAACGCAAAACGGUAUAAAUAACUACGCGAGCGCGCGGGCACGCGCGAGCGCGUUUCGCGUUCACCGAACACCGAUAAACGAAGGAAAAACAAAUUGCGAUAAAUAUCGGAUCCGGAGGACUCGGACGCUUUACCCGGGCGAUGAACAUCGGAAAACCGAUCGGUGUAUUGUUAUAUUAUACGCUAUCGGUUCGAAUUCAACCGCGGCCUACGCGACCGAAGUGGAAAACCCGCUGCUUUUUAUCGUCGCGUGGUUUAUCAUCGACGGUUAGUUUUUAGGGUUUUCCGCUUGGGUUGGAAGAAACUAAUAUUUAUUUUUCUUCUGCGGUUCCGGGAACAGUUCCCCAAGCGAUCCCUGAAGUUAGUGAUAAACGGAAAUAGCACACCUAUACUCGCGUAUUUUUCUCUUUCGACCUUAUUCCUCUUCGUCUGCGCAUCCCACCCAGCUACUCUACAUGCUCACUCUCCGCAUUUCCACUGUCAUUUUUUUCGUGUACUGCUACACCCCACUCAAAUCACCAGUCUCCGCUAAUAAUACAUUUGUCCAGUUUGCCCAGCCCGGCUGCCGUCUUUUCAUCCUGUCUCCUUCUUCAUUGCGCCACGUAUACCCCAUGUCUCAAUAGAUUCUCUCUCGUUUUUCCUUCUGUGCCUAUACCUGGCUACUCCUAACAUAAUAUUGACUACACCCAACGUAUGCUGUUCUUGCGACGAAUCCACGUAGAUACUGGUACCUAUAUAAUCGUAUUACGUCAGACACGCCCACGCACAACACACCCCUUAGUUAAGUGUAUACCCACCGCGUAUAUAUAAAUGGGAAAUUUUAUUAACGACGUAUUAUUGCCGUAAUGUCCGUCGUUUGUCAACCGUGCUCUCGCUCGCGGCGCAAACAUCAAAGGACUCGUGUGUUCGGUGUUCGGUCUCUAGAGGCCGCCAAGGCGCCAAACCCGUUCCCGGGAUCGGUCGGGAACGCCUACCCGGAACCUCCGAUGUCUGUACACGUCCUAUAAUAAUAAUAAUAAUAAUAAUAAUAAUAACAAUAAUAAUGAUAAUAAUGUGUAUAAACGUAUAGGUAUACUCGUAUAAAACGGACGGCUAUAUAGUAGAUGAGUUAUCCGGCACACAGCAAUACAGCAUCUCUCCUCGGCCAUUAUUGUUAUUAGGAGUAGCUAGGUAACCACAAUAUCAGACUUGACCUGCACGCGGUCAAACACGAAUAUACUGCAAUAUUAUUAUCCACCGUAAUGACACGCGAUGAGGUUGGAUCGGCGGAAUCGUGGCCCUCGGACAAAUUCCCGGACAAAUUCCCGGACAAAAAAUAUGUGUAAAUUAAGUUUAUAGAAGCUUAAUGUAUAAAUAGGUAUGUAAUUAAAAAAAUCAUACUACUCGUGUAGCUACAUUAACAUCUACGAAUUCAGGUUAUAUUACGAUGUACUGAUGUAGGACGUAUAUGUAUACCUAUACAUAUACUAGUAAAAACGUUACUUUGUUCGUACAGGAUACUGCAUGUUCAAUGCAAAUGGGUCACUGUUGUAGGCGGCAAAUUGGAAAGGUAGUUAUUAUAUUUUUGGUUCCAGAGAUAAAUGUCUUCUAGUCUUAAGUCAAUUUUAUAUAAUUUUGAAAAUACAUAUACUUAUGUCAACAAAUGAAGGGAAAAACGUUACAUACCUAAGCCAAAACUUAAUUUCCAAAAAUUGACUCGAGCCCUUAUUUCAAAGGACUAAAACUGUAAUAUAGGAUAAUUAUGCUUUAUACAUAACUAUACGUGAUGACACAGAAUUUCAACUUAAAAACGCUGAUAGUUUAAUAAAUUACAAAUAUUUUUACACUUGUAAUUCGUAUGAUCAUCGAUGAUUGUUAGUGACGAAAAGACGAGUAACGAGUAAAAGUACCUAUACUUCAUUAGAAUUCGAGAAAUUCAGAAAUACAAUAUUGGAUUUGUCAUUUGUCAUUAUUUUAUUACAUCAUACAGGUAGGUACUAAAUUUCUUAACUUUUUUAUUCAAACGUUAUUAAAAUAAAAAUAAAAACGUUUUCUUCCAAACAUCGAGUUCGGCUCAUCGGACCACGAGGAUUCAAAACUGCCAUUAUUUUCUUUUUACACCCGCAAUUACACCGCGGAUGGAUGACUCCUGUCACUAUCGAGGAACUGAUAUUGCAUUUUUUAUAUCGCGGUGUGCGGCAACGUCACGCGAUUAACGACUGUGUCGAUCCCGUCGGAUGGUAAAAAACGAAUAGGCGAUUAAAAAAAAAAAAAACGGGCUCUGCCGGUUCUCUCUCCUGCUUUGUCGAUCGUUUUCGUCGACUAAUAACAACACGAAACCGCGUUAUCGAUCGCGACUCAUAGUGCCAUGCGUUUUUUUAUUAUUAUUAUUAUUAUUGUUACGACGUGUUUCCACCUACACAUGAACACACACGAGUUUAAAUGACGUGACAAAACUAGUGUUCUUAAGUAUGGUAUAUGUACUUAUAUAUUAUAUACAUUGAAAAAUACAUAUACCUAUUCGCUUCCGCUUGAGGUAUCAUUUAAUAUAAUCUAAAAUACAUAAAACACUACAUUACAAUAGUAGAAUGUGGUUUGCGGGGCUUGGAUUUUAUAACACUAAAAAGUACUGAAAUAUGUGCUAUAAAAUGACGUAUAAAAAAAGUUAAAAUAAGUACGCCCUAAAUAAACCAUUAAAAUUAGCAAAAAUAAAAAUAUAAUAAAAUAGACAUUUAUUUUUUAAUUAUUAUUUUCUAUUCAUUUCUAUUAAUUUAUCAACAGGCCACUAUGCCGGGCUACCUAAAAAUAAAUUAUAAUGUUAAAUAUUAUUUAGUUAAACGGAAAUGUAGUUGUUUUUCAUCAUAAAUGAUAAAUUUCAUUCAACUUUAACGAAAUUUAUGAAAAAAACUACAUAAAUCAUUACAUUAUAAAUGUCCGCAAAAAAUAUCAUUAAAAAUCUAAAAUUCUUCAAAUACCUAUGGAAAAAUUAGCAAUAUCGAAUUUUAUAUUUGGAGUCCCUGGUGCAUAAAAUAAAUGUAUAGCUCAUACUCUGCUAUGUUUAUAUGUAUCCUAUAACAGUUUAUAAAUUAUGCUAUAAAAUCCAAACCCUGAUGAUUAACGAUUACCUAUAAUAAUUAUAACAAAAUCAGUAUUUUAGUACUAUAAGUACUUUAUAGUACUUCACUUUUGCGGUAAUAUUUGACUUAAAUAUAAAAAGUUAUUGGUACCUAUAUCUACCUAUAACCUAUAAUAGGUAUAUAAUAAAAUUAUUUUUUUUUUUUUGUAUCAAAAUUUAAUUUUGAUUUUCUGAUCGAUUUUCAUAAUAAUUGGAAAAAUUUAGAAAAAUAACGUAUAAGACAAACGAACAAAUGUUUUUGGUGGCGUAACAAUUUCAUUAUAUUUGAUUUUUACGAUUUAUGUUUUGCACCAGAAAUCUUGCUACAAAUUUCAAAAGUAGCAUUUUUUCUGAAAAAAUUUGACUAGUUACUGUAUACAUUUUGAUAAUUUUCUUAAUAAUUGGGUAUACAUCGGAAAAAAAGGGAAAGUUUACGGCAUUAAUGAUUUCAUUAGUUUUGAUUUGGAUUUAUGAAAUUUCCACACAAUAUUAGCGUUUUUUAGUAGUGGUCGUAUUUUCAAAUUCUGGCUUUUUUAGGCCAUUUAUAGCCAUUUGACAUGUUUGGCAUGCUCUAGAAAUGUUUCGGCAGUGUGACGUUUACUACAUCACCGCAUUAUGUCAGUGAUCGUGAGUUUUGAAAAUGAUAUACGGUGUGUCUAAUAAUACGAGUAUAGUAUACAUAAUAUUUUUUAUAGUUUUUUUAUUAUAAUACAUAGUAUUUUAUCGACACUAUUAAUUUUACGUGCACCUACACACACGAAAUCAAAUGGACCGUACCCUAGACAUUCGUAUACUGUACAGCAGAUACCGAGUGUCGUUUAAUAUACGUAAAACACCCUGUGCGGUGCGAAACGACUACCCGUAGGAGUGAGUGGACGUCGCCGUUGUCGGUUAUUGAACCGCGCAGACCGUCUAAAUAUAUAUAUAUAUUUAUGUAUCCCCAGGGCGUAUAAAUAAUAAUAUAUGGAAAAUAUUUUCAGAAAAAAAAAAAAAAAAGCCGUUUUAAUAUAUAUACCUGGGUAGUAUAAAUUAAUAAUUGGUCGGGUACAGCGUCCCGUCGCGGAUAACUAUUCACUAUAACCUACACCAAUCUACAAAGUCAACGUAUAUAUUAUUAUUUAUUAUUUUUAUCCUCUCUGCUAAAUCGCAUUAUAAUAUAGUCGCAUGUCAAGUGUUACGCUAAGAUAUCUUACAUAAUAAAAUGUCUAUUUGCAUAUUCGAUUGCCCGCCCGACGGGGUAAACGAGCGGGAGAGAUUGUUAUUUUAUUCAUUUUUUUUUUUCUCUCUUUUGCGAACACAUAAAAUUGUAGGUGCCCACCGAUACGCGUACACCUGCAGCUACUAUUUAUACCGCCGUGAUACAGACCCGUCGUUCAUUAAACGCGUUGACUUAUCGUACCUAUAGGUAUACAAAAUAAUAAUAAGAGCCGAGAGUUCACUGACCGUUUUGCGUCAGACAAAAAUAAUACUAUAAGGUCCGCGAUGCAAAACGUGGUCGUGCAGUAUAUUUUAGUAUUGGAUAGGCGACAAAUCGGUUUUUGAUAAUAAUAACGACGACGUUUCUAUUAUUGUGAACGGUGAUUUAUGCGUGGCCGCCAUUUGGAAUCCGCGAAAAAACCACCGCGCAGCCUCAGCAGCUGCGGCAAGAAGACUUGCCACGCCGUGAUGUAAAUCCGAUCACCGGCAUUAUAUUUACCAUAACAUGCCUCAUAGUAUACGCACAACAGGUGGAUAAUAUUGUAAACCCGAAUACAGAACCCGGAACUCGAUUCGUUAUACCGUUAAGUCAUCGCGCUGACGUUAUCGCGCUUCGUUGGGCGUGUGUAACUGCCGGUUUCCCAUCGUUUUACCACCUAUAUUACAGUUGAUAAAUUAAUAUUAGAUAUGUCGAUUUUAAACGUACAUAUACGAAACGAAUCAUUCCCGGUCGAGAUCCGCACGCGCGUGUACGUCAUUUUUAGAUUCUGAGCGCAGCUCAUAGGAAUUAUGUGCAUGCGUUGGUUUUGCUAUAUAUUGUUUGUUUUUUUUUCCAUUGGCAAACCGUUUCUCCACAAGAAUUAUUGCUCUGAUUUUCAAGUGUACAGAUUCUUUUCUAAAAGCAAAUUGUUCUAUUUGAUGUACUGAAAUAAUUGUUCUUAAUAAUCGGAAAAUCCCGGGGAAAAACGGAAAAGUUUACGGCAAUAACGAUUACAUAGUUUUUUGUUGCGAUUCGGUUGAUAAUAAUUAAAGGAGAGCUAAAAAAAAAAAAAACCGCCAAUUCGUUUAUCGAAAAUACAAAGUAAUUCGACUUUCAAAGAAUUAUAAACAAACAAUAUUAUAUGAUAGGUGUAUAAUAUAUUUUUUUUUGUUUUGUUUCGCGUCGAGAUCUGUGAUUGCGUUUCGUUUUCACUCUUGCUUCCCGUCGGCAAAGUCCUCUGGGAAAAAACCUCGAACAAUACGCGGGUUCGACGAAAUCCUCGCAGUAUCAUAAUACUUACACUAGAAUGUUAUGUGGACGAAGGUCUUUCGGACCGGAUGCGUUUAAACGAGACGCACACGCGACCUUGCCGUUUCCUGUGUAUAGGUGUCUAUACAUAGUGUACACAGCUAUAGUGCAGGCGAGAACUUUUUUGAAGCGCGCGUGUUGCCUGUAGAAUUAAUAUACACAAACGGCAAACGUAGGCAUGUCAUAUUGUUAUUAUACAAACAUGUGCGAUGACAUCAUCAGCUGCUGCGGUGGCGGCGAAGUCUGCCCACAGUUGUACGACCGGUUGUAGGCGGUUAUGUGGCCCACGGAGCACACCUACUUUCACUCAUUAUUAUAUUGUCGUCGGCCGACAGCGGCGCACAUAAUAAUAUUUUAUUUUAUAUUAUAAUAUUAUACAUACAUAUAUUUUGUUUAAUAACGCAGAGAUUUUGUAAUUUCCCGUUAUUAUGUAGAAUAUUAUAUAGGUAGUGGCGAGGAGGAGGCGGCUUUAUAGAUGAGGCGAGUGACGGCUCCGCCGUCUCGUAUACGUGUUUCUUAUACACACACCGCGGUUAGACGUCAUUUUUCGAACAUCUUAAAACGGAUUACGUUCGAAACAUCGUAAGCAUAAAUUAUAUAGAUCGGUUUUAGGAAAAAAAAAAAAAAAACCAAAAUAUUUGAUCUGAUAACUGAAGAUAUAACCGAAGCCUAAAAUCAACAGAGAAUAAUCAACGAUACCAGCACCACGUAUGCGUUUUAUAUUCCUGAUAUUAUACUGCCAUCUCCGUGUAUAUUAACACCGCCGCUCUUUGUAAUUUUCGAAAUAUUCGUCUCAGCGAGUUCUUACAAUACACGCGUUUCGGGCGAGCCACAAAGAUCUUUGAUAAUAUUACAUAAAUACCCAGGGGUGGAUACAAAGAGUUUCGGCUGAGCGGUCCCUAAACACGUCGGUACUUAAAAAAUAGGACUUGUGCUAAAUUAUAUUAAUUAUAUCGCGUUACAUUAAGGUUAACUUCUAGCAAAAAUACAUUUUUAACGCAUAUGAAAAGCGAUAAAGAUUAAGAACAUAAAAUUCGGUCGUCUCAUCGGUAUAGGUAUGUUCCGUCAUAAUAGAUUUUACUUUCAUCCGCCGCCGCCCCGAAUUUUCAGGAGUAAAUCCCGUGACCGUGAAACUAACGCUCGCGACGGAAAAAUUAAUAAUAUUCUUCUUCUUACAUUCGUUCUUCCAACGUUAUUGUUUUUUUCCUAUUUUCGAAAACGACGGGCUGCUACAGUGAAUUACACUGAACGUGUGCGGAGACCACGUUUAAUUGGCCGUGUCGCGUGUCGCGGGCGGCGUAAUAAUAUAAUCUCCGAUCGAUCGGAAAAGGUGCCGCCACGUGAUUCCGAAUGUUUUUUUAUGGCUGUUAUACCUGGUGAACAGUAUCUUCCUCUUCGCCUUAUAGAUCCAAUACGAUAUAGCGAUUCAAACGUUAUUGAAUAAUAUGGGUAAUAUCCGAAUCGAUCGGUAAUCUGAAGUAAAACUAUAUGCAUUUCGGUACGCUCGCAGCAUAAUUCGAAGUAAAAUCCGGGGUGAAUAUUUUUCGUAGUUACUGCUUCAAUCUUUAUUUUCAAUCCGCAAAUUGCUGCGUUUAUGCCAUGUUUCUCCGUUUUUUCUAUCCGUAUAAUGUCUCCCUUUAGCCCCUGCUAUGACGCUUGCUUAUUUCCAACAAAAUUUGUAAACAUAAACUUAUGCCUGCUUCGUCUUCAUUUCCUUAGUUCCCUUUCAACCAUUGUGGUUAUUCGUAUAUUGUUCCUUAUGUGAUGUUCUAUCUAUUUCUUCCUUAUUCUUUCAACGAUUGUCUUCCGUGUAUAGAUCUACUAUCGUGUUUCCACUUAACUCUCGGCAAUUACUCGAACAGUCGUUUCACCGUAAUUGCCGAGCGUUCAAUGACCUUUCGUAUAUUUUAUCAAUCAUCGUUAUUUUUUCAUAUUUAUAACUUUCGGUUAAGUUUUGUUGUUUGCUUUCUCGAUUUAACGGACUUCUUAGCAAUAUAAUUCGAACAUUCGAUGAGUUUUUGUCCUUCUCCAACUUGGAAUACUCAUCAUGUCAAUAAUUUAAAUACUAUACACUCAAUUAAACACAUUCGACAAUUGCAAACUUCCGGAAGAACAUAAUGAUGAAAAAAAAAAAACUUGUUGCGAAAUUAUAAUAACAGAACAUCAAUUCUCCCCUUCCCCCUUAUUUCGACCCAUCGACCCACGGCUACACGCAAGUAACGCUUUCUUGUUAUUCGACGGUACUAUUGUUUACCUAUUGGUAUAUCCGUACCAUUCUUGUAUUCCGUCCAGCCACGGCGACGACCGUAUAUACAUAUAUACAUAUAUAGUGAAAGUAUAAAUGCAUAAUAUUAUAGCAUAGCAUAAAUAAUAAUAUAGUACAAACAAUACGGACGUAGAGGUUAUGAUUUUCAUAUGAUUUGUUGGCCGUGAUAACGCACGCGUUUUAUACGCGUACUCUAUUAUAGGUGCCCGUAUAUUUAUCGCUCUUUUUUGUCUUGCACAGGUACCUAUAUAGUUUCCUCCAGAAUGAUAAUGAAUAAUGAAUACCUAUAGUAUUUUUUAGAAGCUCGGUUAAAAUCCAACCGCUGUCUGUUCUCUCUAUAUGCGCACUGCAAUCUGCAGACGAGAUUAACCAUCCGCGGUGUGUUACACGCUUUUAAACAUGACACCGUCAAGCUCCGCUGAUGGGUUUUUAACCCUAUAUAAACUGAUAUUAUCUUCAUAUCAUUUUAUAUUGUUUUAUAUAUUAUAGGUACCAUCGUACUUUAAUCUUUAUCUUUAUCUUUAUCUUUGCCGCGGGCAUAUCUAUAUAGCCGUACGGUCAAUAAUGAACUAGAAGACUGCACGCUGUAUCUAUAAUAUUGAAAUUCUGCGAAUGUCAAAAAAAUAAAGCUGAAAACGAGAAACAUCGAUAAAGUUUUUGGACAGUUGUUUUAUUCACCGAAGAGAAUCUAAUUGUUAAAGAAAAUACUGUUCUUUUUAUACAUAUAAACAUAAACCGAUUAAACCGAUUAUAAAUCCUCCCCUUGAUUCUAUAUUAUAUCAAGUCGACCAUUACACUAUAUAGGCUAUAAUAUAACUAAUAUGAAAAAAGAAAAUGUAUUACAUUUAAUAAUUUACGCGUGUUAUUUUCUCGUCGAAAAUAUUUGGCAAACCGGACGACCGCCAGACAUUGCAAAGUACAAUAUUAUACAGGUAGGUGAUCGUAUAUUAUGUGUUCUGCCCACCGCGAUAAAUGAUAUGUAACCCUGCAACUAUACAGUGUCCGGUUAGGUUAGUUUUAGUAUUCGGAUACAAAUGCAAGGCGUUGAAGUAUGGUAUACAUGUUGGAUUUCCUAUACGGCUUAUUAUAAUAUAAGAGUAUAAUAUAUUAGUAGGACAUAGGUACUUACACAUAUUGUUGGUUAGCGCGUGUUUAUUUCAAAUGUACCUAAUCGUAUAACAAAAUAUUCUGUACCCGUUAUUCUCAUAUUUUUAUCAUAACAAACUGACUCCACGGAUACUUUGUUGGGGCACAGAGAUUUACGAGCAUAUAUUUGAUAUAUGAUGGUUUUUUUUUUUCUUUCGGUAAAUCAAAUACCGUUAUAUUGUAUAUGCAGCGAUCAUAGGUCACACACGGAUCAUAAUUAAUAACGUAAUACAUUAUUUAAUCAUAUCUCAAUCGUAGCGGUGAAAAUCCGAUAUAAUCGACGUCAAGGUUAACGAAUAUUGUGUUCACUCGACUUAAUGAUUUCAAUAGAUAAAACUAUUAAUCAAAACGGCGUUUAACGUUUGCCGAUAACCACUUAAAUGGAUAUACGAGACAAAAACGUCAUAAUUUUUAAACGAUAUUCGAUUGUUUUGUUUUUUUUUUUUUUUGUUAGCUUAUUUAUCUGGUAGAUAUACUAUAAAUUAUGAUAAUAUAAAUAUAUACGAGUAUAUACAAAGUCAUUAUUCAUUAUUUAGUCAGUGUAUACAUUUAGUAUUAUUUUAAUUUUUAGUACCUGAGAUAAUGUGUAGGUAAUUAUUUGUAUUUUAUUUAACUCCAAACAAGUUUUCUACCAGAAAUACGAGUUUUAAAUUGAAUAUAAUAUUAACACACACACGAACUCCAUAAAGGGUCAACAAUUGUGAUGCCUGAUUUAGUAUUUAUAUUGAAGAAAAAGUUAUCAAAGGUGUGUGAAAUUUUAUACUACAUAGUGUUAGUCAAAAAAUACUCAUCACAAAACUUGAAAUUUAUAUGACACCUAUACUUAAAAAACGUUAUGACUACCAAUGGUGGCAAUGAGAAAUACAUAAUAUAUCUGACUACGGUUCUCAUACGCAAUUAUCGUUGAACUUCGUCGUAACAAUAAAACUACAACAAUAUACACCAAUCAUAUUAUAUUAUUAUCUAGUUUCGAAAAGAAGACAGGAAUGCCAGGUAUUUGAAUAGCUGGACCAUAUUAUUAUACUAUAAUGUUACUAACUACCUAAGUAUAGAAAAAAAAAUAGAAUAGAACAUCGGUAUAGGUAUACUUAAUUGUAUACUGGCACUUUAAUAUAGUUACAAAACUAGGUAUACGUGCUUUAAUCACAUAAUAUAACAACACGCAAACAACACACGACUUGAAACGCGUACAAUUUUAUUUUAUUUAUUAUGCUAUUAUUUUCCUAUAAUAUUUAACCUGGAAUUGUAUGCCGAAUUCCGUAAUUUUUUACGAUUUUCAUCAUAAUUUAUAAUACCCUGAGAACAACUUGUUAUAUACCUUGUAUCAAAUUAUAGAACAUUUUUGAGAAGCCAAACAAAUUAUAUUCACUUAAAAUGAAAAUGAAAAAACUCGAAAAUUUCAAAUGGCUACAAAUAGCUCAAAAAUCGCCAGGAAAUUUUGACUGCACUUAGAAAAAAUGUAUAUAAUUGUUCGGUGAAAAUAUAAGAGUAGUCUUCGGAAUUCUUUUAAAUCGAAUAACAAGAAAAAAACAAAAUCAAAAAUUACCUCAUCAAUACAUCAAUUAAACAAAAUUUGCUAUUCGCAAUAAUCUCUAAAGUUUCUAUGAUCUGAGUAAAAUUUCAGAUAGAAAAGUUGUUUAUAGUCAGAAAAAAGCACAUAUCAUAUAGUAAAACCAAUAGACACCGAUCGUUACGGUCAGAAUCUAAAACUCAUGAACAACCAUUGUAACAAAAUUAUAUAGUUUUAAAAUUUAAAAGCCUAUCGACGCGUAUUUAUUUUUUAAAAUAGUUAUAUGAAACUAUUAAUUUAACUUAAAUAACCGUACACAACAGUAUGUAGAUUGCCAAAAUACUUUUGAGGCUAUAGAGCCGAAUCAAAACAGAUUAAAUCCGUAUUUACAAACAACAAGAAUUACCUAUUUAAACGUAGCUAAUUAUUAUUUACAUAUCAAUUAUAAACCAUUGAAAAAACAAAUCUUAAAUAAUACAUAUAAACAUCGAAUUACUUGCAGCUGCAAGUCGUGUUUGAAUUAAAACUAGUAUUAUGAUGUAUUAUUCAGUGGGUGUAUACCAUUCUCAAGCUGUGACAACACUGCAGUGUGGCGUCAUGUAGCUGUGUUUUUAUUACUAUAUUAGGUUAUACAUAAUAAUAUUAUGUUUAAUAUCCACGGAUUUAAUAUUAAAUUUAACAUAUUAUAGUAUUCGGUUUAGCUUCAAACCACGAUUUUCGUUUCAAAUAAAAAACAUUUUUUUUUUUUUUCGUACCCUUGACGGACCGAGAACUACGUUGGUAUUACUUCCAGUCCGCCACCAUCGUUAUUGAAAAUAAAACACAUGUAACAAAUUACUAAAAUAAAGAAAUUGUUUUUUUUAGUUUUUUACCAAAACAUAAAAAUAUAAAUGUUUAUAGUCUUUGUUCUUGUAGGUAGCAUAAAAAAAAAAAAAAACAGAAUUUAACUAUCAUUAUUAUAUCAGGAGAUAUUACAAUGGUUAUACAUCUUCAUGGGACAUUUUUUAUAGAUCUACUUACCAGAACUUGCGCUAACAACGUACAGUUUUAAAUUAAAAUGAGCAGUUAUAAGUGAAAUGUUUUGCAGUUCUUAAAAAAUAUUACAAAUUAUUUUCUUCAAUGAUUGCAAGAAAUAAGUCUUAAAAUCAUCAAAAGUAGGUAUAGGUACUUUAACGUAGUACGUAUUCAUAGCACGCUAAAAAUAACCAACGUAAAAAUAGCGAUAAGAUGAAAAGAAAAAAGUAAUUUUGAUAUUUAAUUCGUAGUGAAGGUUAGAAAAUUCCUUAAAUCAGUUUAAAAAAAUGUUAAGCCCUUAAUUUUUUUUCUCUAUUUAAACAGAAAAGUUCUAAAUUCAUUUUUGUUCAAGCUCUAAUAGUUUCUUUAUAUUAUUGAAUUAUUAUUCAAUGAAUGGAACUAAUAUAAUAUGACAUACUUAUAACGCCUAUCGGGAACGUUUUUCCAUGAUAUUUUAUUCAUACAAUGUUACAAUAAAAUAAUUAUGUUGCAUCGGAAAAACUGUAGUUUCGAAAAAUAGCAUAAAACCGUAAAAGACAUAAAAUACAGUGAUAAAGAAUAGAAAACCAUCUGGUACACGAAAGCGAUUUAAAAAUCUAUAAACCGUUAGAAAAAAAAAAACUUAACAUUUCCGAUCGUGAUGGCGGAAAUGAUAGCGUUACUAUAAUGGCAUGCGUAUAGUCCGUGGAAUUAUGAACACUGAAUCAGUAUUGUAUUUGUGUUUAAUAAUAAUUUAAGGGACCUAAUAUACAGAGUGUAACUAUUUUAUUUGAAAUUUUUACAUUGUAGUUACAUGUAAAAAUGUCAAAUAAUCCUAUUGGCUAUUACAUCCUGUAUAUAUAUUGUAUUUGUAUAAUUUAUAGCAACAUUAAAUGUCUUAAGAAACUCGGUGCCAACGCGUUCUUUGGUUUAAAACCACGCCUUAUGGGAAAAACUCUCAUGCCUAGCAUAGAGUGAAGAUUUCCAACAAAUCGUAUUGAACUUAUUUUUCAAUAUUUUCAUCUCAAACAUUUUAAUGCGUAAUUAAAAAAGAUCAAUUUUAGAUUCUAAGUGGUUUUACAGUGAUGUUCAUUUAUUUUUGUUUUUUUUAUGUGAACCCGUUUUCUACCAGAAAGCAUACUCCGAUUAUCAAGUAUAGCACCUUUUCUGAAAUUGAAUGUUCUCUGAAUAGUACUUUAAAGAGGUUUUUUUUUGAAAUUCUCAUUAAUAUUCGAGAUAAUGUGAAAAACCUGGUUCUUUUUAAAACAAUAUCAUUGUUGUCAUGGAAACGCACAUUGUUUUAAUCAUUUUACCAUAGUGACCUUCCAUAUGACAUAUAUAUGUUGACAAAGCAACACUAUCAACUGAGCUCCGCUCAGAAUCGUUUUUAUCGUUAUCAAUGGUUUAUCGUUACCCUAAUAUUUAUAAAACACAACACGUAAACAAGACCAAUUAUUAUCUAUCUCACUGAUAGUCUCCUAAGAUAUUGAAAAGUUAAAUUAAAGAAGUAUUUAUCAGUAAAUAUACAUAACAAAACUAUGCGAAUGAUGCGUACCUGAAAAUUGUACGUUUGUGAAUGAAUUCUCGCCUUCCUGCCUUGAACAAUAUAUAAAUAUAUCUCGAAUAUUUUAAGCCAUGAACAGUGUCGAAUAAACCUCUGUGAAAUAAACAAAUAGGAUUUACAACUAUUGUGAGCAACCGCGACCAUUUUGAUUUCGUUAAAAUUAAAUUUCAGUAAAAUUUCACUGUUAAAGUAUUGGUAGUCGUAUACGCUGGUGAAUUUCGGCACUGCUACUCUUGGCGAACGAUUCUCGAGCCGCUGGCACCUGGGUACUUCAUUUUAAUUAUACAUGGGUUACUUAUACAGGCACGGUACAAUUGUGCGUGCUGCGUCCAAUAGAAUAAAGUUCUAACGAAAAAAUAAUUCGAAAAACGGUAUAUUUUUCUAUAUUAUAUAUGAACAGUUUGUAAAAAAAAAAAAAAUAAACUUUUUGUUAUGAAUAAUUAUGAUGAAUCGAUGAAAAGGUAUUCAUAUAGGUACCUCAACAGGAAUGAACAAUUGAUUUGAAUUAUAAUAAUAAUAAAAAAAAAAAAAAAAAUAAAUACAAUUUAUAUACAAGGACAGUUAUAAAUACCGUUUUAUCGAGCGUGCGUUCUAUAAGAGACGGAUUUAAAAUUAUAAUAAUUUAAAAACAAUGGUUAACUGAUUAUCAUUUAGAAUAUAGUCGCGAAGUAAUAUAGGUACUAUAAGACGUACAUUAUAUAUUUGUAACGUGGAAUGAAUAACUUAUUUGUUACUUUAUAAUACGAUGCGAGUGCUGAUAAUAAUUAAAAACAGUGAAUUUAUUGCGUCAAGAGCAGUUAUAAGGUGUGCGUUUAUAGUGAAACGUGCAUAUGUACAUGGGCGCAUGAAUAUUCUAUCCUUGGAACGUUCAACGCGUUGCCGCAAGGAAAUUAAAUCAUGCAAAAUUAAUAUGACAAAUCGUUUCAAUAACUCGUAAAUAGGUACGUUUAUCUCAAAUAUCCCUUUGAAUGGCGUUUUUUCUGUUUUACGUAAACAGGUCAUGUUUUUUAAAUACAAAUUGUGCGAAUGCACACAGUAAAUAGGUUACGUACAACCAUAUUGCAAGCAUAUUUGAUCGAAGACUAAAUUUGAAUAGAUUUGUUGAGUUGACAAACUAUCAAUUUUUUUUUUAUAAAAAUUACGAUGUCGACUAACCAGGACAAAAGAAACACCGUGUAUUUUACGGGGACACUGCUAAAGAAAAUCGUCUCAAAUCGAGACACGCAUCGUUAUAGGAGAUCGCCUAAACACAACACAAGAGACCGAAUAUUUAUGUGAUUGAUUUUAUUUGACCGUAAGUCUAUUAUAGGUUAUUGUAGCUGAAUGACAUGAGCAGUUUGGCCAACUUAUAACCAACAUAGGUAUAUUUUAAUAUUUAUAUCUUACACUAAUUCACACUAUUGUCACAUUAAUUGUAAAACUCGAUAAAUAGAAACCUAAUAUUGGUCUUGAGAUAUCAUCACGCGAUAAAAACGCCGUGUUCAAAUAUGAAUUAUCUUAUCAGCAAUAAAUUAAAACCGUCACAAACAAUUCGCAUUAGUUAUUUGAUAUAAUACACUGUUAGUUUGUCAUUAAAUUUUCGUGUUAUUUGUUUACUGUAGGUACCCUAAAUUUUAUUUCCCUAUAUAGUGCAGCUUACCUUUAUUUCAAUAAUAUUAAGAAUGUUCAAAAUUAUUUGCAGCGUUUAUCAACAAUGGUUGUAAUAACUCUGUACGGAAGGGCAGACCUAGUCGGGGCGAAUUGGGGUACGUUUUACCUAUGUAUUAAUUAUUGAGUUUGUGUAUAAAAAAACAAGUUUAAGUGUGUACAUUGUACUGAUCACAAUAGAUAUUUAACUUGUCAAGCAUUUAGUUUUCUUUGUUGUUGUUGUUGUUUUUUUUUUUUUUUUUUUAUAAUAAUAAUAUUUAAUGAAUUACGAACCAUACAAAAUAACAAUAAAAUUACAUAAGGUAUAAUCAAAGAGUCGGUCAACCUCAAGCCAAUGGCUGUGCGGAGAUAGACGAGAGUCCAAUUAUUAUUAGGCAAAUUUAAAUUGAUAAGAUAUGUGGGACAAAAUUAAACGACAUCAUAAUGUAACUACAAACAAUAAAACCUAAUAUGUAAAUAAUGUAAAUAACUGUUUAUGCAAAAAAUCAAGACCAUUUCACACAUUACUAAAAAUAGUAGCAGCGACAAAUUCAUUUUGAAAAUACUCAGAUCAUCAAAGUCCAAAAUACAAAUCUGUAUUUUAUAUUGUACACAUUCUCGAGUCUGGGUGUUGAAUGCCCAGUGUUUUUGGGACGUUCGCGUUUUGCCUCACCUCCCAAACACGACGACCGCAAAAAUAAGAGUAUAAGUAACAAAUAAUAAUCAUAGGCAGUACAAUGACGUUUUCCAUUUUAAUUUUGCGUGAGGUUUUUCACGUUUUGAUAAGUAGAUCUCAUAGAGUGCACAGUUGAAAUUCCGAAAUCAUAAUUUUUAAGUGAACUGUAGCUUCUCAUGCAUUAGUUUCUCUGCAUGUCCAACUAUGUGCUCGUAUACAAACACACGGCGACCGCGACAAUGUGAAAUUAUAGGUAAUAUUAGCCGUAUAGCUGUAUCGCUGCAGUUUAUGGUCCGUUAGCACAAUGAAUGAUGAUGCUGCGACGCGGAUUCGUGAAAAAAAAAAUAUAAUAUGGUAACUAUAAUAAUGUUAUAUAUGUAUAUAGGUACUAUUAUAAACACGCGAAAACGAAACGACCGGCAGCCCGAAUAACGGUACCCCGGAAAUCUUUUUCCCGUGUAGAAAAUAAUGUAAAGACCAAUUUCGUUGUCGCGUAAUGUUUCAAACGGAAAUACAGUUGUUUCGCGCCCACGCCCGCGCUCCACCAUCGCCCCCGCACACCCUAUACAAUAAUAUUAUUUUUGUUGUUGUUAUCCCGAAGAGAUUUUCACGCGUAUCCUACCUAUUAUUAUUAUUAUUAUUAUUAUUAUCGCUACCGUACAUUCAGUAUGCACUAGCGAGUUUCGAACCAUUUUCACCGUGAGAGUUAAUUUUUUGUAUUCGGAUUCGGAACGGUUUUUUAUUUUCUGUCGGCUAACAAGUUUCCGACCAGUCUAUUCGUAUUGGUGCUAAGACCGAAAACUUCACAGCAUCUUUCUAACGUAGCAUUUUGAAUCUAGUCGGUACCUUAAAAGGAUUCGCGGCGAUUUUCCUGAAUCAAAUUUCCCGAAUAGUAUUUCACCUAACCCUUUUACCCGAUAAGUAUUCGGCCCAAAAAAAAGUGUUUGGAUUUUCAAAGGCGCAUCUGGAUCCGUCGUUGAUUACGCUGCAGUUUUCAAUGACUUGGAUUUCGCUCACAAUUUCGUUUUGCAAAUAAUAAUAAUAACUACUGUAAUUUAAAUUUAUUUUUAAAAUUUAAAAAAUAAUAUUCGGGAAAUAUUCAAUGAGUAUACCAUUCCGGAAAAACGAUAUUCGGACAACAUGGAUUAAUUCGCGAAAAAUAUACUACCGUUCAGAAAAAUCAUAUUGCAUUUUGAAUCGUGAAAAAACUCGGAAACCACUUCAUAGAUUAUCUGUUUCGAAAUCGUUUCAAUUUUCAAAAUAACGAGGGAAAACCGACAAAAAAAAAAAACCUCUCGGAAAAAAACGAGAAUACAUAAUCAGUUAUCACACAACAUUGAUUUUUUUUUGUUGAAAUUAGUUGAUAGAAAUAAUCGUAGUAGACACUACUAGCGUUUUCGCUGAAUUCACCGUUUUACAAACACAGACCGAUUUCCAAAUUAUUAUUAUUAUUAUAUUUUUUUUAUUUAUGAAAAUAAUAAUUUCACUGUAAAAAUUCUCGAAAAUGUGAUGCAAGGUUUAAAACUUUAAUAAAGGUAGUGAAAAAAUUUCCCACCAAAAAUAUUGUUCCAGUCAAAAAAUAACAAAAGACAAUUAAUCGUAGAGACCCGAAAUUUUAAAACAUUCUGGCUAUUUUAGAACUAUUCAUAAGCAUUUCACAUUUGCGAGCUUUUUAUUCGUUUUAUUUGGUUUUAUGUGGAUAAAAUUGUUUGGCCCAACGGAAAUGUUUAACAUUUUAAAAACGAAGUUCAUUAUAAGUUGUGCUAUGUGGUUAAAUAAUAAAUAGUUUAGCCCGAUGUAAUCGGUUUUUUUUUUUUAUUAUUUAUGCGUUUUAUGUUCAAAUUUUAAUGGAAAUCUUAGCAAAUCAAGACACGUAUAAAAGAUAUAACCGAAUUUCUUUCUGCAGAAUCGUAUUCCGUUAACAAUGAUUUACUGUUUUGUACGGAUAUAAAUUAAAUAACUAUACAUUUUACCUUCCCAACUUUUCAGCUAUAAUAACGGCACACUCAUCAGCUCAUUUUAUUUUGAUGAAGUUUAAUCGUUUUAUAAUAUUGAAAAUUGAUACCAGGAUUUCAGAAACGAAGUGUAGCAGCCCUCGAGGCCAGUAUCUAUUUCUCAAAUAAAAAUCUCGUCAACUGUAGACCUGGCUUUUAUGAGCUCUAUAGGUAUACUCCAAGAGUAUAUACAGUGUGUCCCACCGUGUUCGAUUGAUUUUUCUUGCGCCGUUGAUAUUACAUAUUUGAAAAUUUUCCAAAGUGAAUAAAUAAAAAGAACAUUUUUUUUUUUUUUAUUGUAUGUGUUUAGGAGACGGAGAUAAAAAUGUAAUUUUUUCGCGAACCGGUGUCCCCCUCUUGGACAAACCGAUUGAAAAAAAAUCGAAAAAAAUUUAACAUUGACGGCGCUAGAAAAAUCCGUCGAACACCGGUGGGACACACUGCAGUAUUUAUAACCGUCGGCUACGACAGAAAUAAUGGUAUAAUCGUUUGUAAAUAACGACAAUUCUAGAUUAUAUUAUCACCUAGGGCCCUUCCGAUCUAAACGAACGACAUAUAACAAUGCGGAAAACAUUACAGUGCCCAUCGUAAGGACUAAGGUUAUUUUAAAUAUUAUUAUGUUACCGGCAGCGGUAAAAACUAGUACAUAGAUACCAUGCGUCUAUACCGCAACCUCGUUUUGAUAUUUUUUUUCCAUUUGUCUAAACGUUAUUUAUUUUAUUUUUUGCUUAUCGGUUGUGUUUAAGGUCGAACGAAGUGUCGUCGUCGUCUUAAACGCCGUUCUAAAUAGCACAUGGAAAAAUGGUGAAGCGUAUCAACAAACAUCACUACGUGGCCACGCCCGGCGGAAGCAAUAAACAUUACCAUAGAUCUUCGGAGACGUUACCGUACGUGCACCGCGGAUAUUCCACAGAUGGUAAACACGGUCGCGAUAAUUAAUACUUAUUAUCUCGUUACAAAUAUUAAUUACAACAAUAACCCGACUAUUAAUUAUGAUUUUGUGUGCGAAACGUAUCCGUGUACGCUGUAAUGCCGCCGGUACAACGCCACCUUCAGACUCUCCGGACCCGACGAAUAUUCUUAGCGAAUAAAAUGGCGUACGCGUGGCGUAGGGUACCGACCGCACUUUAUUCUAUAUUUCACACGUCCUGCACGAAUCAAUCGUAAUUUUGCGAGAGUGAUACCCUAAAUACUUGAACCUCUUACUCUGCCCUAUCUGAUAAUGUGGGUAGGUAUUUCGUGCUCAUCCGUCGACGAUGCCUUGCCUUAACCAAUCAUCAUUUAUACGAUUAAUUCUUCUUUUUAAUCUACCCUAUCCGGCCUCUGUCGUGUCCUCCCUCCUAUAUAGGUGCAACUAGACCAACAACUUUGGGGGUGCUAAAAUUAUAGACACAUCACAGAACCCGUGGGUGUAAUGUCGGUCCCCUUUACACGGCACUAUUAUAAUAAGCAACAAUACGUUUAGUUUAAAACUUUUUAUAAAAAAAAAAUACAUAAUAACUUUUAGAUUCGGAGCGCAGCGAGGAAUGUAUUGGUUUUACAAUGAUGUUCAUUAUUAUUACUAUUAUUUAUUUAUUUUUUUUUUUUUGAUACUCUUUGCAUACAAUUCUACCAGAAAUCUUGCUCCGAAAUAUCAGGUAUAGCACCUAUUCUGAAAGGGUAUUUUCCUGAAGGGAUUAAAGAGGUAAUUUUUUUAAAUUUCCCAGGAGUUUUCCCAAUAAGCCGGCAAAAUCGAGAAAAAACGUAGAAAAAACUGAAAAAUAUUUACGGCGUAACGUUUUCAUGAUUUCACAUUUUUGUAAAUUUUGUUUUCUACCAGAAAUAUUGUUCCAAUUGAAUUACGACUAGAGAUCUUGUUUUGUUGCAUUUUGGAUCUAGUUGCUCACGAAGUCGGUCUUUGAUUUGCCUAGUGGUUUUCAUAAUAAUAACAAAAGACUAAAAAAAAAACUUAAAAAAAACGGGAAAAUUUACGAAAAUAAUGCCUUUAUUAUUUUAAAUUUUGUUUGUUUUAUUGUAAUUCAGUUAGUCGUUAGUCUCUUAAUCCGGGCCUGUGUAUAAUUUUGUUUCUAGUCGUUUUUCGUUAGCAAUGGUUGUCACUGCUUACGGAUAUGAAUUAAAUAACUUAUCUCAUCUUCCGAAAUUUUUCACUUAGAACAGUGGCACACCCGUCUCUAGUAUCAGCACUUUUUUUAAAUUGAUUUUUUAUACACACAUAAAUUAUCUGCAGGUAAUCUGUAUUUUGUACUGCUUAUUAUUUAUGAAAUACAUGGAUAAAUUAAUAUUUAGCCGAAACUGUAAAAUAGCUAAUUGACUAUUUUUUGGGGUCCUAAUUUAGUUAAGGGAUAAUAAAAAACCCCGUAGUUAAGCAUAUGGCUCCUCUCCUUUUCUACAUGUUUUCACACAGCGUUCAGUUUUCGUACUAGUCAUUUGCCGAUAAUUCUUCUUUCUAACACUUUUAUAAUAGUAUUCUUCCCAUUUCUAAAUAAACUGGAUCAAAAAUGUUUCUUGGUUUCUUUCUUUUCCGUUGUAUUAAGUUUAGCGUGGUAAACUUUUGUGGGUUGCCCGCGUUUCACAACGCGGGCACUACGCGUUUUAGUACCUACUUCGUCAUAAUCAUAACUGAUCUUAGGUAACUCAUGUAGGUAACUUAUAUAAUAUUUCUCCUCGGGGCCAAGAUACUUACUUGUAUUAUUUCGAUAUAGGCGAAGACAGUCAAAGAACACUGUCUGAAUACACGAUCGCGACGGACCGUCCGUCAUCCCGUGGUCACCGGACCCCCAGGUCCAAGAGGUCGCGGAGUUUGGAACGUCCGUCCAGCAGUUCAAGGGCCAGGUCGGCGGCCAGUCACCAUGACUCGGACGUGUACGUGACCAGCGCCGCGUACCGGCCGCCGUCCGAAAUGAGGUAAGAAAUAUCUCGGUAGAAAAUGGUUUUAUAAAAAAACAAAAAUAAAACCAGCCCGUCCGUUGUUUUCAGCCGAGGGUCUCAUUAUACAAGCAGAAGCAAUCGGAGCCGGGGACCGGCUCCCAGCCAUUACUCGUACCGGAGCAACGGCCUCGCCCCGUCCGAAGUGUCCACCGUCAAGUCGAAAAUAACUCGCAAACCGGGCGUCACCGUCGAGACCAUGUCCGCACCGAAUCCUUUUUGCCCGAACACUAAGGGAAUGUGCUGCCUGAUGUUGUUAUUGAACCUGGGACUGAUAUUGGUCACGUUGGGCUUCGUCAUCGUCAUACAGUUUUUCGAACCGUUGUUCGUGUGGUGAGUAACCGAAUGGUGAGAAGUACCACACGAGCUGUAGAAAAAAUAUUUCAAAAAAUUCAAUUAUAUCUAACAUCAUAUUCGUUAUUAUUCUUAUUAAGACCAAAUUCAAUCUUUUUUUUUUUUUUUCAUAUUUCGAUUCUAUACUUUUAAUUCCUACUAUGUAUUGUGUAAUCGUGAGCCAACAACUCACGGCUAUACCUAUCUAUCUAUGGCCGUGCUACAACAUCUAAUCUAAUUACUAAUAAUAGUUUUCGAAUUAUUAUUGAAUUUUCGUGUUUUUCCAGGGUGUUGGGCAUCAUAUUUUUAAUUUUCGGAUUCCUGACGCUGAUGGGCAGUCUAAUCUAUUGCGUAACGGUGUGCAGGGACGCCAAAACUCCCAAGGAAGUGGCGAUGCAGAACCACUAUUGGACGCACCACUGGCAAAAGAGCUUCGGUACAACACCGGAAAUACACUACAAGACGGAAAAGUAUCCACCACAAGCUGUGCAUCACAGUCACUCAGACCACGACGAGUAUAGUGAUCGGUUUUCGAUCGGCAAACAAUCAGACAGGCAUAUGCACGGGCACAGAUACUGAAUUCUAUCCACUACACUGUAUAUAGAUGUUGUAAUAUUAUCAUUGUAUGUGUAAAUAUUAAUUAUUAAAAAUAAUUUUAGUUAAUAACAAAAAAAUAAUAUUAUUGUAACAGUGGACUCUCUCAUGAUCCCGAAAGACAAUCGUGAUGUUAAAAUAUUGGACAAAAUUUAAUAUUAGGUGUAUGUUUUUUAUUAUUUUUUUUUAUUUUUCGUUACACAUUAUAUGCUAAACAGGUAACAAUUUAAAAAAUAUAAAUGUAUAUAUAUUAUAAAUUAGUAAUACUGAUAUUUAUGAAUAAUAUCGUUUAUUCCGAUAGAAUUAUGACUUUUAUAGCUAAAAAAUAAAAAUGUAUCUAAUUGACUGAAAUAGUCUUACUACUAUGGCUGCAAAUAAUUUUAAAAUUCUAAUGAUACAUUUUAUUAACAAUUAUUUAUUCAUCAUAAACAUUACGAAAAUACUUACCAAAGUGUUAAGUUAUUUCGUACUUUUUAAUAUUUCCAUUUCCUAAUUAAUUAUAUAACAUGUUUUUAUAAAUCAUAGAUAUUCGUAUAUUUUUGUAAAUGUUUUAUUAAAAGUAUAAAUAAACGUAAAAAAAAAUGUAUUGUUCAUUAUUUUAUAACAACAUAAAGUUAUUUAAGUUAAUUAAUAUACAUAUUGAUUGGCUCCGUUCAAUCAUUUCAUAACACUAUUGGUUGGUUUGUUGAAAGUUCAUUAUUCAAAUCAAUAAUUGUACAGUUUAUACAGUGAGUAUUUCACAACAAACAUACAUCACAUCAUUACAAGUUUAACACAAAAUUAAAUAUUAUUAUUUUUCAAAAAAGAUAAUCCAAUGUAAAAAUUAUUUUUCAAUGUUAAAAUUUAAUAUUACAUACUGAACAUUCACUUAACAUUAACUUAAUUUUCUAUUUAGUAAAUAAUAAAAAAAAAAAAAACAUAAAAUGAAAAGCUUAAAUAUGAGUAUGAAUUACUUAAGUACAUAAAAGUUUUAAUCAGAACCUGAAGAGAAAGGAGACUUUGCCUUGAUUUUUUUAGUAGGAGGUUUUCUUGCUGAAGAUUUGGCUCGUGAUUUCUUUUUAGUUUCUAAAAGAAUAAAAUAUAUAAAUUACAUUAAUAACUAUACAAAACAAUAUUUCUAGUAUUCCCGAGUAUACUACGAAAAUAAAAACUAUUGCAGCCAAUAAUGUCUGUUAUACAUAUAUACAUAUAAUUUUUCUUAGUACUUUUAGCAGUCCCACUAGACCAAAUAAGCACUAACUUGUGUCAAAUAAGUCAAUUGAAAUAUAAAAAUUGUGUUGAAUUUAAUAUAAAUUAUGUUGUUGUGGGAAGGUAUUUUUUUAACAUGGACUACAGACCCUAAUUUCCUAUUUUUUUUUUAUGGAGGGAAACUAGUUUAUUUGUAAUAUAUUAUAGUAUUGCAAUACUAUAGUUUUCAGUUAUUUAUUAUUUAAAAUAAAUAUGAUUAUGAUACUAGACUGGAAGGGGGAAAUUUUACUCCAACACAAUUUUGCCACUCUGGGAUGUUUUUUUUAAAUAUUUACUGAGUAUUAACACAAUUUGCAUUUAUGUUUCUAAUAACAAUACAAUAUCCUUGGUUACCACAACAAACAUAAUAUUUAUUAAAUUAAAAAAGAAUUUAUAAUUAUUAAAUUGUUAAAAAUGUCUGAACAGGAAAAUGAUUCGAAUAACAUCAAACGUGAAGAAUUCAAAAAGUAUUUAAAUAAACUGGGUGUUGUUGAAGCUAUAACAAAUGUUUUGGCAAAACUUUACGAAUUGAAAGAAAAACCAACAGAUCCUUUGGAUUUUAUUCGUACUAAUAUGACAGAAAUUGUUAACGAGAGGGAAGAAUUAAAAAAACUAAAAAUCCAACAUGAAAAUAUGGUGCUUAAAAUUAAAGAAAUGGAAGAAGAAAAUAUGAACCUGGCAAAGGCAAUAAACGAAUUAGAGCAUUACGGAGAAGAGACAAACAGCAGCAAAACUGAAUUAAUAACUGACGAGUACAAUAUUGGAAUGGAAUAAAUAGUGUUAAAUUAUAUUCAAGUAUUGUCUAUAAGAAUUAUUUUCUAAUACAUAAUAAAUUAAAAAAAUAAAAAU